AUGGCGUUACAAAUAUCUACUAAGCAAGACAGUAUAUUCAGUCAUUUUAAUGGAGUUACAUUACCGACAGGUAAAAAUCAAGAUGAUGUCAGCAAUGAUAUUUUAAGUAAAUAUGGCACAAUGAUAGCCGAUAUAGGCUAUACUUACCAUACCACUGUUAGUAUUAGUCGGUUUUGGUUGAAUGGAUUCGUAUUACGUGAAAAAUUACAUCAAAGUUUGACUGAAGCAUUAAAUAAAGUUAAACAAAACAAUUGUGAAUCCAAAAUACGUUGGCAACAACAUCAAAAUCUUCAAGAAGAAAUUAAAAUAAAUUGUACUAACUAUUUAGCUUAUUUUCAAUCAGAAUAUGCAUCAGAUUGUCAUUACGAAAUACAAAAACUUUCAGAGCAAUGCUUUGGUGACAACUGUGAUGAAGUUGAUAUAAAAAAAAUAAAUGAAUUAAUGAAACAAAUGGAUACAGAAAUGAUAAAACAAUUUGAAAAUUCAUUAUGGCAACAAGUUUAUGGUGCAAUAUAUUCAUUAAUAGCAAUGGGUUUCACGUUACGAAAAACAUGUAGUCAAAUUAAGUUAAGUAAAACGUAUCGUGAAUCUGACAAAUUACGAUUAUCAAUUAAAAAAGUUGAAGAAUAUAUUGAGGAAUCAGAAUCAUAUAUAAAAUCUUAUGCUAUACCAACUAAUAAAUUAAGUGAUUUAGUUCAAACUAAAGAAUCGUAUUCUUCUGCAUGGCAAAACUUGAAAUAUGGCAGAAUAUCAAUCAAUUUUGCAAAAAGAGAGUUAGAUAUGAUUCUAUUAGAAAUCGAUGCACAUUCACAAUCUAUAGAACAAAGUAGAGAUAAUCAUAUUGGCGGUACUAUAAAUAAUGUAAUAAGAUUAAUUGGAAAUGGUAUUCAAUUUAUGCAAACACCAACAGCUAUAUUAACAUCAACAGCUCUUAUGUUAUAUGGUACUAUAACAGGAAUGGAAAUAACAACAAUUGCGGGUCAUACAUUAGGGAUAUAUUGGUCACAAGAAGAAAUAAAUAAAUUAAAUGAAUUAAAGGAUGAAAUAAAUAAAUUACAAGAAAACAUAAAUAAUAUAUUUUCAAUCAUAGAACUUAUUGAAGAAAAACUGACACACCUUCGAGCAGAAGAAAAAAUAAAUUGA